ACAGUAUCUUAUGGUGCAUAAAGCGGCUGUUCUAUUGUGCGACAGGUUGCUGCUGCCCCACUUCUACUGCUUAUCUGCUUUACGCUUUCUGCCAAGUCACACUGUACAUUUACAGAACCUACCGGUCAUUUCAACUUCCUCGGCUAACAGCCUAGCUGCAAGGAAUUUACUGUACUGUGACGUCACAAAGACACACAUGCAAUGGAGAGGGUGUAUAUAUGUCAAGCAUCUGCUGGGGAGUGAGGAGGUUUGUCAGCACAUUCUUUCUGCAACUGGAAGGACCUGAGGUAACCUGUGAGGCUGCGAUCACGGAGAACAACAACAUCAAACAAUGGAGGAUCAAUCUGCCAAUAAUUCAACUAAUCAGGGUUUUGUCCUUUGGGACUACGUUGUUUUCGCAGCCAUGCUGCUGAUUUCUAUGGCUAUAGGACUUUUCCAGGCCCUGAAAAAUAAAUCUGUAGAUGCCAGCGCCAGGGAUUUCUUCACCGGAGGUCGAAGCAUGCCGGCUCUGCCUGUCGGACUGUCGCUUUGUGCCAGCUUCAUGUCAGCGGUCCAGGUUCUGGGCGUUCCGUCUGAAGGUUUUCGCUACGGUUCAAAAUUCCUCUACAUGUGCCUGGGACAAACCAUCAACUCCCUGCUGACGGCGUACCUGUUCAUGCCGGUCUUCUUUCGCCUGGGCAUCACCAGCACUAAUCAGUACCUGGAGAUGAGAUUUGGCAGAGCGAUGCAGCUGCUGGGAAGUUUCCAGUUUCUCGUAGCAACGCUGCUUUACACUGGGAUUGUCAUCUAUGCACCUGCCUUGAUCUUGAACCAAGCCACGGGGCUCAACAUGUGGGUGUCUCUGUUUUCCACUGGUAUAAUCUGCACGGUGUACACCACUUUGGGUGGCAUGAGGGCUGUGAUCUGGACCGACGUCUUCCAAGUCAUGGUGAUGCUGUUGGGUUUUGUGACCAUUUACAUUCGUGGCACAAUUCUGGUUGGUGGACCUGCGCAAGUUCUGGAGAUUGCCAAUAAUGGAUCACGGAUAAAUUUUGAUGAUUUCGAUGUUGACCCCCGAAAGCGCUACACCUUCUGGAGUCUCACUGUUGGCGGUGCGAUGGUUUGGUUGUCCAUGUACGGCGUCAACCAAGCUCAAGUCCAGCGGUACAUCUCCUGCCGAACGGAACGGGACGCCCAACUGGCUCUGUUUGUGAACCAGGUUGGUCUGUGCUUCAUCGUGAGCAGCGCGGCGACCUGCGGCAUCGUCAUGUUCGCUUACUAUUACAACUGUGACCCGCUGAAAUCUGGGAAGAUUUCAGCUCCUGAUCUGUACAUGCCAUACUUCGUACUGGAGAUCUUCAAAAACCUUCCAGGAUUUCCAGGUCUUUUCCUUGCAUGUGCAUACAGUGGGACUCUGAGCACGGCUUCCACCAGCAUAAACGCCAUGGCUGCGGUGACCAUGGAGGACCUGCUGCAACCACAUCUGCUUCAAACAUCACAGACGAAGCUCGUUCUCAUUUCCAGAGGACUGUCGUUACUGUAUGGAGCUGGCUGCAUCACUGUGGCGUCUCUCUGCUCCUUCUUGGACUGGGGUGUUCUGCAGGGCUCCUUUACUAUCAUGGGUGUGGUCAGUGGUCCACUCCUGGGUGUCUUCAUCCUGGGAAUGUUUGUCCCGGCUACUAACAGGCUGGGGGCGUUCUCUGGGAUCGCGGUGGGAUUCUGCGUUUCAUUGUGGCUGGCUGUGGGUUCAACUCUUCACCCCCCUACUGAGGAAAUAAUGGGCGUCCUUCCCAGCUUCUCUGGGAGCUGUGAGUCCAAUAACAGCACCGUGAGCAGCAUUUCCAACCAAGAACAGCUCUCCAUCUCCACUGCACUUCAUCCUAAAGACGAAGGGGGACUCCUGAACUUCUACUCGAUAUCUUACCUUUACUUUGGAGCCAUGGCCACCAGUUCAGUUAUAAUUGCUGGGAUAAUAGUAAGCUAUGCAACAGGACCAACCAAGCGGAGUGCAAUUAAAGAAGGUUUACUGUGGUGGGACCUGAACAAAAGCAAAGAAAAGAUCCCAUCUGAACGCAGGACUGAAACAAUGUCCAAAGCUUUCCCUUGCGUUCACCAAAGUGCAUGCUGGGAAACAGAGCAGGCACCUUCCACUUUGAGAGACAAUAAAAAGAGUCACCGGGGGUCAGAGAAACUACAGGUGGUGCCUCUUAUGAACCUACACAAAGAGAACGUCUUGUGAAGGAAAAAAGACAAAGCAAAUGGUGGCUGGACUGCAGUGUGCCACAAACAUAAACUGACAUGUAUUGAUAAAUUUGGCUCCUUUUUUUGCCUCGUGCUGCAGCUGAGCUUUUGUUUCAGUGGUUUCAGUUACCGCUUUUCUCACAGAUGAAACUUUUAGAUAAAAACUGAACUCCUCUGUAGCUUCCAAUGCACUUUACAAAUCCUUCUUACAUCUGUAAGUGAACUGAAAUGUAUAAAAGUGUACAUAGAUUCCCUUGCUUUGUACCUCUCUUGGAUAAUGAAAAAGGUCAUGCCCAAGGGGGUGUAUGGAUUUUUUUUUCUGUAUCUCAUACUUUUAUGUUGAAAGUGAAGCAACUUUUUUUUUACAGCAGGAAAUGUUGGGGAGCUGGAGGAAACCUAUUUGUACAACCACAACAAGCAAGUUUAGACACGCAACGUGCAGAAGUCUUUGGUAAUGGCUUAACGUGGGUCUAUAACUUUCACUGCUUAAAGAGAAAUUCUGGUCAAUUUCUCAGUGAAAAUUCAAAAUAAGACACUAAUUUGUAUUUAUAUUAAUGUUGCUAUAAUUAAAAAUAUAUUGCUUUUUGGCAUAAAAGAAAUUAUACUUUUUUUUAAUAUAACGUCACUUUUCUAAGUUUUAAGUUGUAACGUCAGCAGCAAACAUUGCGGUGGAUCUCAUCCAGAAAUUUGUAGAUAUAACUUGUCGACAUAUAACAAGUGAUCCUUGCUGUAAAAUCCACUUUGUAAUCCGAUUCGCCUUAAGUCUGGUUGUGCUUACACAAUUGAUUUUCUGCACAAGAAUCUGUUGAAAUGUUUUAGUUUGACUUGUGAUACUUAAGUAUCUCAAUUGUUUGUGAACAAGUUAAAAAAGUUUUUUUUUUUUUCUUUAUAGUUACUUUUUAAAAUGAAAACUGCCUCCAGAGCCUCAGGUUGCAGAAUUAACUGAAUCUAUACCCAGGAAGUCACUCAAAAAUACAAUUAAACAUGUAUUUUGAGAAGGAAAACCAUUUUAACCUAUCAUUAGAAACCAUAGACUCGCUAACUUUAUUAUUUUUAUUUUACUUUAAGUGACUUUGGAGAACUUUUUUUUUUUUACAACUGUUAAUGUUCGGUGAUUGUAUGGGGCCAACCUUUUGUAACAGUGAUGAAUAAAUUAUAUUCCACAACAGAUCUCUACGUUUUGUUUACCAAUCAAAAAUAUGACAAUAAACACAAAUAAAACCAUUUUUGUACCAUAAA